UAUACAGUCCCGGUAUAAUCUUUAUGUGUAACACUAUAAUGGACCUAUAUUGUACGAUAUUAACCUCCUACUCAUAGAACACGAAGAAACCUUUAUUACAGAGCUACAAACCGAAAAGAAGAAUGAGAUCCUGUGGGAAACCCGGUUGUUAAAAAUAUGUCCCAGACUUUAUCAUGACUAGUGCAUCGAUACGCUCCUCACAAGAUUGUAAACUAGACGUUGAAGUAUGGUUGACGAGUCAAAGUUCGCGGAGAACUUCUGGUUGUUUGGCUACGGAAGCUUGAUAUGGAAACCACCCCCUCAUUUCGACAAACGUGUGCCAGGGUUUAUAGAAGGCUAUGUCCGAAGAUUCUGGCAGGCCAGCGAAGACCACCGCGGUACCCCAAAUGCUCCUGGCCGCGUCGUGACACUCAUCGACCACAACCACUGGAUGACCCUCUCUGCGCACGACCUACACAAGAGUACCACCUCUACAAAGGUUUGGGGCGCGGCCUACCAUAUACCCCCCCAACACGUCGCCGAAGUGCGUGAAUACCUCGACAUCCGCGAGAUCAACGGCUACAGCAUUCAAUACACUCCCUUCCAUCCCACUGAUUCUAGUUCCCCACCCAUUCAUUGUUUGGUGUAUAUCGGACUACCAGAUAAUCCGCAAUUUCUGGGUGCGCAGGAGCCAGAGGCUUUGGCGAAUCAUAUCUUGAGGAGUUCGGGACCAAGUGGCGCUAAUAAAGAGUAUCUAUAUAUGUUGGAGACGGCGCUAGACGGAUUGAGUAUGGAUAGUGGGGAUGAACAUGUUUCAGAUUUGGCAAGACGAUGUAGGAGGCUAGAGGGCGUGGAUGUGGAUGAUACGACGGAGACCAGGAAGGAAGUUGAGGAGGAGUUGAUGGAUCCGGGUAUGACGGACGGAAAGGAAGAAACGGAGAAGUAGGGGUUGAUAGGAUGAUUUGAUGAGCAACGAUAGAAGCUCCGUGUUAUUAUGUAGAGUUGAAUCUGUGAAUCUGACAAUGAUCCUGCUAAAGAAUUUGACUAGAAGGUGUCCUUUAUUCACACCAUUCUCUUUCGAUCUAUGCCUACCCGCAAGAUGAAUGAGAGUAUCUCACAUAUCAUAGAAACUUAGAGUCUCACAGGUCGAUCCGGACAAUAACAAAGGCUUGCUCGAUUGAGCAUGGCUGCAGAUCUCCAUCACGGGCGAGAAGCCACAGAUAGGCGGUAGUCGACUAGAAGUCAUCGGUAUUUGAUGGACCAAUAGGUUUACACAUGCAGAGUUCUGCCUAAGGAUCGCUUGAGGCUAUUCCUUUGGCCUUUCAGCUGCAACUCAACUAUAGGAG